CCUCGUAUCUACUACAAUGUUCCGGGUCUCGAGGACUGGCCGGCCCCGGUACAUCAAUGGCAUUGUUUACAGCUUGGAGCCUAGAGUACCCGACCAGGAUCGUUGUCGAGAACUCUGACGAAGACAAAGGAAAAACAGAUUGCGGCCCGAGGUCCCGCUGCACAAAGUCGGGGUUUAUCUAUUAAAAGACAUUCUUCAGCCAGCCAAAACCUUGCAGAUUCAAGUUCUCGGUAAGCAUAUCGGGCGCGACAUUCCGAUUUCCCUGGUAGUAGCAACACUAAAGCAUCAUAACAGAACCUCGACUAGUACGAACUCCCACGACACAUCCCCGUAUCCUCCUUUGCAUGCAACGAUGGAUCAUCAACAAGCACCGUACGACGGUCCUUCAACCAUCUUCGACCGCCUUGCGUUCCUCCCACUCGAGCUCCAAAAGCACAUCCUCUACGACUACCGCACAGUAAGUAGCCCCUGCCUCUUAUCCCUCUUCGUCCCCGACUGGGCCGUCUGCACCCGCGCCUCGGAUCCCGUGAAUGAGAUUUACGACCUCCAGCGGAUCGACGUCUAUACCAAGGGCGGCGGCAGCGUUCGAGGUAGGUGCAUGGCUAGCGGAGCGCUCGUCUUUCGUGAGGACAGCGGCGGCCGCGGUCAAGAUGCCGACCAUCCUCACCCUACAGGAAAAGUCCCGACGAAGUUAGAGAUGUCGUUGUCGUUGCCCCGCCACCUACUGUUCAACAGCUUCCCCUCCGACCCCUGGCUCCAGCUCCGGCUGCGACGUAACGCCGUGACCGACUUCCGAUGCGAGAUGGCGCUCCUCAUCGAACGGGGGCCGGACGAGUUUAUCGCGGUGGACUGGGCUGCUAUGACGCAGCUCGAGACGCUGUUCCUCGAUUUGCGAACGUAUGCUGCUCAGGGCGGCGCGUUCCUCCGGGACGGGAUCCGGCGCGCCGCGGUGAAGAUGGGGUGUCUUCGGCUUCGGUGUCUUGUUGUUGCGGGGUUGAAGACGGGGGAGAGGUACGGUAGGUCGCGGGGUGGUGCGUGGGAGACUGACGAGGAGGUUGAUGGGGAGGAGGUGAAUUGGGUCCAAGUUUUUGCGCCGGCGUUGGGGGAGGGCGGGAGGUUGGUGUUUGUUGAUCGGAGGGUUGUGGAUGUUGAUUGGGAUGCGUGGAGGGUUCGGGCUGAGGCGGAGGGGUUGUUGGUUCCUGAGGGUGAGCGGGAGGAGGGGGGUUGUGUGACUGAGAAGUAUUUGAGGCAUGUGGACAGGGUGAGGGGUGAUGCCAGUAACAUCAAGUGA